UGCCAGAGCGGGCGGCGCGCGCCGCGGCCGGUGUCGAUCUCAUUUGCAUGCAGGGCGCGCUUGGGGUUGUGGCGUAGCGCCGUUCUCCCGCCCGCUUGCCGGGGAGCGAUUUACAUCUCAUUUGCAUGCAGCGCGGCGGCGCGGAGCCAUGGCGGCGGCGUACCGGCACGGCGGCAGCGCGCCGCGGGGCAGAACCGGGGCCCAGCGCGGCGGGGAGAAGAAGUGCUCGUGGGCAUCCUACAUGACCAACUCGCCCACCCUCAUCGUGAUGAUCGGGCUGCCAGCGCGCGGCAAGACCUACGUCUCCAAGAAGCUGACACGUUACCUCAACUGGAUCGGGGUGCCCACCCGAGUGUUCAAUUUAGGGGUGUAUCGCCGGGAAGCUGUCAAGUCCUACAAAUCCUAUGACUUCUUCAGGCACGAUAACAAAGAAGCGAUGGAGAUCCGCAAACGAUGUGCCUUGGUGGCCCUACAGGACGUGAAGGCGUACCUCCUGGAGGAGUGUGGGCAGAUAGCUGUGUUCGAUGCAACCAACACAACUCGGGAAAGACGGGACCUGAUCUUAAAUUUUGCUAAAGAAAAUGCUUUCAAGGUGUUCUUUGUGGAAUCUGUGUGCGAUGAUCCGGAGGUCAUUGCUGCCAACAUCCUGGAGGUGAAAGUCUCCAGCCCUGAUUACCCCGAAAGAAACAGGGAGAAUGUGAUGGAUGACUUCCUGAAGAGAAUCGAGUGCUACAAGGUCACGUACCAACCCCUUGAUCCUGAUGAGUACGACAAAGAUCUUUCCUUCAUUAAAGUGAUCAAUGUGGGACAGCGGUUCCUAGUGAACAGAGUCCAAGAUUACAUCCAGAGCAAAAUCGUCUAUUACCUAAUGAACAUCCAUGUGCAGCCACGCACCAUCUACCUCUGCCGGCACGGCGAGAGCGAGUACAACCUCCUUGGCAAGAUUGGAGGGGACUCUGGGCUGUCACCACGUGGCAAGCAGUUUGCACAGGCGCUGAAGAAGUUCAUUGAGGAGCAGGAGAUUGUGGAGCUGAAGGUGUGGACCAGCCAGCUGAAGCGCACCAUCCAGACAGCUGAGUCACUGGGGGUCACCUAUGAGCAGUGGAAGAUCCUCAAUGAGAUUGAUGCUGGGGUGUGUGAAGAGAUGACAUAUGCAGAGAUCGAAGCCAAAUACCCUGAUGAGUUUGCCUUGAGGGAUCAGGAGAAAUACCUCUAUCGCUAUCCUGGAGGAGAGUCCUACCAGGACUUGGUUCAGCGUCUGGAGCCCGUAAUUAUGGAGCUGGAGCGGCAGGGCAACGUCCUUGUCAUCUCCCACCAGGCAGUGAUGAGGUGCCUCCUGGCUUACUUUCUGGAUAAGAGUGCAGAUGAGCUGCCCUACCUGCGCUGCCCCCUGCAUGCCAUCCUCAAGCUCACCCCGGUCGCCUACGGUUGUAAAGUGGAGACGAUCAGCCUGAACGUGGAAGCAGUGAACACCCACCGGGACAAACCUUCCCUGAACUCAAGCUGCCUUCCCAUGAUCCAGAGCCCAGGCAGGAUGAGGAGGAGCAGCCUGACGCCGCUGGCCAGCACGGCCACGGAGCAGCGCCCGCGGCACCACAGCGUUGGGAGCGGCCCCACUGACCUGCAGGUUCGAGGUGCAGCUGCUCAACCCCGGCUGCAAGCCACUGUCCAGCCUCAAGUGGGAAAUGCUUGCCUGUGAGUACCGCUGAGAGCAGCUUGUGUGCGUUCUGUUGUGCUUUAAGGCUGGCUGGCCUAGAGGUGGAGGGCUGCAAUGGACAGCAGGAGCCUGAUGGGACACGGUGCCAGCUGGGAGCGCAGUGAGCAGUGCCUUCCUGCAGCCAUCCUGUCCUUGUGAGCACUCAGUGUCUGCCAUGGCACUGCAGAAAACUUCCUGAGAAGAUUUUUUCAGCUGCUUUUAACGUGUGUGUGCUUGUGUGUGUGAGCAGCAGGACAUGUGAGUGAGCUUGUCCCCAUGCUUUGAGGCCUCUGGGCCUCUCCCUGCUUGCUGAAGCAACGUUUCUUUGGAAGAUGUUCUCAUCAGACCCAGUUUCCAGGUUUUAUUCAAUCUUUAUCAUCUCUGAGCUCAAACCCAGUUACUCAGUGCAAUUUAACAAGCAGAAGCACUCCAGGUAUCGCUUGGCUUCCAUGGCUGUUGCUUUGAAUCCCCCCAGACCUGAGCCUCUUGCUUUGCUUUGGGAAGGGUUUUGCAUGUGCUGUGGCAAAAGGCACUUACAGGAUUGUUCAGUCCUACAAGAUGACCCACUGCAGGGGACAAGGACAUGGAUUUGCCCAUUGCCAUCUGGGAACAGCCAAGCUGCUUUUGGGCUCAAACCCUGCUUUGGUUGUCCACUGCAUGCCUCACCCUGUUCUCUUUUCUCCUGGGCUUUGUGGAUGCUUUUCUCUUGCAGCAAAAAUUCCUCACUCUGCAUUGCACAGCACUGUUUUCUUCCUGCAUUCCAUGCUUACUGUCCUGUUCCCUUUACUUUAGCCAAAACCUCUCAUGAUCAGCUUGGAUGUUUUGCACUCAUACGUGCAUCAGAGAAUCGUGGAUUCAUUGACCAAAGCUUAGUCAUGCUAAUUCUGCAGAACAUUUCCUAUUGCUAUACCCAUUUUGAGAUGUUUUUGUUGUCAGAAGGUAGUGAAGGGCCCGGGCUGUGGGUGAGAGGUGAGGAGCAGCAGUGGGGCCACGUGUGUGUGUGCUGUGUGAUGGUUUUUUACUCAUCUCUUGUACCAAUUUUCAGACCCACAGCACAUUUCUGUACUCACAUGUGAGUAAGCUGUGAAUGUUGCUGAUGUAAUGCUGCCUUUUGUGGAGCUGAAGCUGUUGAAGUAUUUAGGGCACAGGUGGUGCACUCCUUCAGUGCUGGCUGCCUGUUAUUGGGUUGCCCUGCCAAGAGGUGGGGUGAUGACACUCCGAGUUUUCACUUUUCUCUUACGAGUUAUUUGCCAAACUCCAUUUUCUCUCACUCCUAAUGUCUCCCUUGAAAUUAGGGCAAAACUGUCAGGUUUGCAGCCCUGUGAUUAGGUGAAGAAAUGGGCAUUUGGGGUUGAGCAGGAUGCUGUUACAGACCUGCUCCGUCCAACGACUCCAACAUCUGUGAUCAUGGGACUCAGGCUGUGUGUGUGAAUUGUGUAAAUCAGUGCCCAUCCGCAGAUACCUGAGCCCCACACACUCUGCCUGUGCUCAGUGGGCUGAGCUUAUCUGGGGAUUUGUGUUGUAAACACUCCCACAGCUUUUAUUCUCUCAAGCUGAGAUGAGAGGCCACAGCAGAAGCCCCAAAUGCUUUAGGAUGUACAUUCUGCAGAAGUUUUAUGUUGAUCUUAAGCUGUUAUGUUCCAGAGGGAUGAAAUUCAGGGGGUAAAAAACCAGAGUUUUAUUGGUUUUACUCCUUAGGCUGUUCCCACUGAGCAGUUGUCCUUGUUAGAAAUAAGCCAGGGCUGGGAGGAGAAAGGAAAGGAGAAACAAAAAGUUGAAGGAAGAGUUCUAUAGGCUGCAUAGCACAGCAGUGAUCCUCCAAACAUGCUGGGGUGGGCUGGCUGCAAACCUGCAGCAUCAGAACCACCAGCAGAUGCCUACUGUGAGCUGUUCACGCACAAUGUGGUGUAAUAACUGGUGGUGAGGGGUUAGGUGUAUGUGUAUCGUUAAGGAGCUAAUGGCUGUAAAGAGGCACAGCCAUUUUUUUCCUGCCAGAAUUCAUGAAUGUAGCUGAUGAGUGUCGGUAGUCAUCAGUUUUUAAUUGCUGCUUAAUGUCUGCUCUGCAGUGGUGGCUGGCUGUGGGUUGCUGUGCUCCCCAAGCGAUGCUGCAGCAGCUGCAUGCUGGUGCUGGGACAGAGCCAUCUGCAGCAGCCAGACCGUCCCUCAGCGCUUUAAGCCAAAGCACAGCUUCUCCUACUGCAUCUUAACUUAAUACCUGUUGUCUGUAAGGCAGAGCAGUGGCAAAUUCCCAGUGCAGGUGAAUGGUAGGUGACAGCGUGGGUGCUGCAGGUCCCAGGUGAGCCUCUGCCUGUGCUGGGUGCCAGGCACUUCCUUGAAACCACCUGACUGCCCUGGCACCGCUCAUGCAAACAGCUCAGGAUAAAUAAGGGUUGCACAAUUUACCUGAAUUUAGGCUUAACGGGGGUUUGCACUGCUGGUCAUACAGAGCUGUGGUGUUGGGCUGUGUUCAAACACUCCAAUAGCUCACCAUGGGCUGAAUGUCCAGCGGUGGGCUUGCCUGCUUCAUGAGCAUUGCACCAGCACCAGAUCUUACUCCUGUAUCUCCCUGAUUUCUAUUUCCAUCCGCUUUUGAUGUCAGAGGUGCUCUGUGCUGGUCUCAGGGUGCUGCUCUGCAUUACUGUGUGCUGCUUGCAAACUGCAUCCUUGUGCUGUGCGUGGGGGGGGAGAUGUUUUGUGUUUCACAGAGUUCUGCUGUGUUACUGCUUUCUAAUGGUCUUUUUUUCUAGGUUUUAAAGAAAAAAGCAAUGUAUGCAGAGUUGUUGUGUUGUGUACUCUUUGCACUUACGCACAAUUAUCCCUUGAGCAUUUAUUUACAAUACAGAGGUUUUAAAAAUAAAAUCUUGUUUCCUCUCCCUUUCUGUGACUGUUUGCUGUAACUGCAUCACCAAACCAGCACACAGCGGGUGA